UGACUGGAAGGGACCUCAGGAGAUCAUCUAGUCCAAAGCAGGACUCUUGUAGACAUAGGUUAUAGAAAAUAUAGUAGCACUCACAGGAAGGAAACCUUGUCUGUAAAUUGCGUACAUACUUGAUACAUCAACUUUCUAAUAGUAGUAUCUCAAUUUUUUUAACGAUUUCUUUAACUUGGGGCAAUUUAUUCUUUUCCACUAAAAAGCUACCAGUAGCCUAGCAGCUACUAACAGUGGAAAUUUUAAUUCCAACAAUUUGCAAUAUUUGCUUACAGAUCACAAUCCAGUACACUUUAAUAAUGGACAUGUCUACCACAUACACAUAAAAUCACCUGUUUCUGAAUAAUUUCUCCAACAUUUAUACCCACCCAAUCUGUCUUUUGUUUAAUCUUACUGAUAUGAGGUACUACAAAUCAGUCUUUCUGGCCCUCUUUUUUUCAAAUCCGAGCCCACUCACCCAGGGUUAUUUGUCUACUCAGCUCCUUUUCUCAUAAAAUAAUAUAUAAUAUAUGAUCAUUUUGUUGUCAAAACUGAUUAUUAAUUAGAUUUUUUUGUUUCUAAUAACUUUUUGUAUAGAAGUUUCUUUAGAAAGUUGAAACAUAUUGCCAAGGUACUGGUUCAGUUAAAGUUAGUUUUGAUACACUGUUAAAUUAUCUAGUGCUUUGAUAACAUGUUUGUCACCUCCAAGCUGUGAUGUAUUAAUGCUUUAUGAAAACUCUUCUACAAUAGGUGUAUUUUUCUUCUCUAGGUUUGCCCAAGACCCUAUGUGCCUGACAUUUUCUUUGAUCAUCUUUUGUUCGCUAGCCUGAAAAUACAGCUUUAAAAAGGAUUCCAGACAUAUUUGAUCUGCCAGAAAAAGCUGUUCCAAAUGGACAAUAUGUCUAUUACUAACACACCAACAAGUAAUGAUGCUUGUCUGAGCAUUGUUCACAGCUUGAUGUGCCAUCGGCAAGGUGGAGAGAGUGAAACAUUUGCAAAACGAGCAAUUGAAAGCUUAGUUAAAAAGCUAAAGGAGAAAAAAGAUGAAUUGGAUUCUUUGAUUACAGCUAUAACUACAAAUGGAGCUCAUCCUAGUAAAUGUGUUACGAUACAGAGAACAUUGGAUGGAAGGCUUCAGGUGGCUGGUCGUAAAGGGUUCCCUCAUGUGAUCUAUGCUCGUCUUUGGAGAUGGCCUGAUCUUCACAAAAAUGAACUCAAGCAUGUUAAAUAUUGUCAGUAUGCUUUUGACCUAAAAUGUGACAGUGUCUGUGUGAAUCCUUACCAUUAUGAGCGAGUAGUGUCACCUGGCAUUGAUCUUUCAGGACUGACAUUGCAGAGUUCUGCUCCAUCAAGUAUGUUGGUGAAAGAUGAAUAUGUUCAUGACUUCGAGGGACAGUCAUUAUCUACAGCUGAAGGCCAUUCGGUCCAGACCAUCCAGCAUCCACCAAGUAACAGGGCUUCUACUGAGACUUACAGCACCCCAGCUAUGUUAGCUCCUACUGAGUCUAGCACUACCAGCACCACUAACUUUCCCAACAUUCCGGUGGCUUCCACAAGUCAGCCAACCAGUAUAUUGACAGGUAGCCAUAGUGAUGGACUCUUACAGAUUGCUUCAGGGCCUCAGCCAGGAACGCAGCAGAAUGGGUUUACAGCUCAGCCAGCUACUUACCAUCACAAUAGUACAACAACUUGGACUGGAAGUCGAACGGCAGCCUACACACCUACUAUACCUCACCACCAGAAUGGACAUCUUCAACAUCACCCACCUAUGCCCCAUCCUGGACAUUACUGGCCAGUUCACAAUGAACUUGCAUUCCAGCCUCCUAUAUCAAAUCAUCCUGCUCCGGAGUACUGGUGUUCAAUUGCUUACUUUGAAAUGGAUGUGCAGGUUGGGGAGACAUUUAAAGUCCCUUCAAGUUGUCCAGUUGUUACUGUUGAUGGAUAUGUAGACCCUUCUGGAGGAGACCGCUUUUGCCUGGGCCAGCUUUCUAAUGUACACAGAACAGAAGCCAUUGAAAGAGCAAGGUUGCACAUAGGUAAAGGGGUGCAGUUGGAAUGUAAAGGUGAAGGCGACGUGUGGGUUAGGUGCCUCAGUGACCAUGCAGUCUUCGUCCAGAGUUACUACUUGGAUAGAGAAGCAGGGCGUGCACCAGGAGAUGCAGUUCACAAGAUUUACCCAAGUGCAUAUAUAAAGGUGUUUGAUUUACGCCAAUGUCAUCGUCAGAUGCAGCAGCAGGCUGCCACUGCACAAGCUGCAGCUGCUGCCCAGGCUGCAGCAGUAGCUGGAAACAUCCCUGGACCAGGAUCAGUAGGUGGAAUAGCCCCAGCUAUCAGUUUGUCAGCUGCUGCUGGAAUCGGCGUAGAUGAUCUUCGCCGCUUAUGCAUACUCAGGAUGAGUUUUGUGAAAGGUUGGGGACCUGAUUACCCAAGACAGAGCAUCAAAGAAACACCCUGUUGGAUUGAAAUUCAUUUACACCGGGCCCUCCAGCUUCUAGAUGAAGUACUUCAUACCAUGCCUAUUGCAGACCCCCAACCUCUGGACUGAGAUCCCUCUGCGCACUGCUGUGGGCCAUUAUAUUGUCGGGAUGGUGGAUUGUAAAAUACAAUUCUGUUUAUAACCUGAAGAGAUAUUUUACUUUUGUUCUGCUUAAUCUUUUAAAACCAGGUUUUAAAAAUGUGUUUGCCUUCUUGCUCUUAGCAGAAAGAAACUGAACAUGCAGAAAUUGGAUUUCAGGUUACUUUUUCAGAACUUUACGGUCACAACAGGUGGCUCCGGGCUUAAAGUAAAGCUCAUAUGGAUACUUUCAAAGGGAUUGAACACAGUACUGGUAACUCUAUUAUGGCAACUUGCUGAUAAGCCUCAUGAGACCCUUUUGUAUGCAGAAUACGUAUAUAUUAUAUAUAUUUAUAUCUGAAAAUUCUUUCUAAUCACCAUAAACAUUUACCUUAAAACAACUUUUAAAGUUACUGAAAUCUUGCAUUUAAUUCUUUUAGGGAACAAAUUGUUAGCAACAGAGAUUGCUUUAUCUCGAUGAAUAUCUUGCUGUGAUUUUCCAGAUUGAAGGGUACAAACCGCCAAAAAUGAGGAAUAUGUUGUUGUUGGUAAUAAUUAAAAAUAGCCUGGAAAAAGAAAUGUUUCUUUUCCUUUACUAUAUUUUAAAAGGAUAUCUUAAAUUUUUAUUUAUAUAGGCACACAAUUUUUAAAACACUAACAGGAGUGGAUACUUUCAGUGCUGGCACUCAGUUUAAAUAUAACAUGAAAUAGCCAAUCUGUAAAAUUGCCAAUUAAAUGACAUAAUGAAUAUCCUAAUGGCAGGAACAUAUUUUCAUAACUACUGCUGACUUCUGUGAUCUAAAUACCAAGGAAAAAAAGUCAGACUUGGCAUUUGUCUAACAUGGGUAGCUUGAUUGUUUAUACUUAAUUUGAAAAGUGAUAACUUGCAUAUACCAUUAAAUCACGUAUAUUAUGACAUCAGUAUUUAGGAUCCAGUUUUUGUAUCUGUUCACCAUUUCCACUCAGGGCAAGAUGACAAACUUGUUUUUAUACCUCUUGGUUAUUUUAAGCCUGAUGCCAUCAAUGACCUCAUCAAUUGGCAAUGACUUUGUAUAGAGAAUUUAAAGUAGAAAAACUUGCAAAUGUAUUGACUGUACGACAGUUACAAUAUGUAUGCUUUCUCUCUAGUGAAUAGUAUAAAUAAAAUUCUGAAAACCCCAA